UACAGCUGAGGCUUGUGAGGGUGUUAUUAAAUUAAGCAAUGCUGCUUCUAGAGUGUACAAUUCUGGAUCUUAUAUGUUGUGAAUAGGAAGUGAAACAUCUGGACUAAUAAGAAAAUGCCGAAUGUUUAACUUAUGACUAUAUUAAUUGGCCUAAUUUUAAAUGGAUGAGUCUGCAAAAACCGGCAUCACCUCAUUUCUAGACAAUUUAACAAUGGGAGUCAUCAAGAUGUUGGAAAGUCGUCCAGGUGUUACAGAGCUUAAUUUUCUGGAAAAACAGCCUGCAGAACGUCAUAAAAUCAUCUCUUGGGAACAAAAGAAUUGCUGUCUGUUACCAGAAGACCUGAAGAAUUUUUACUUAAUGACAGAUGGCUUCCACUUGACCUGGAGUGUGAAACUGGAUGACACUGCCAUGCCUUUGGGUUCUAUGGUGAUAAACAGUAUUUCAAAUCUGAGUCACUUGAAGGAAUCUUCCCUGUACACUCUGCCAAAUGCGCCCACACUUGCUGAUCUUGAGGCUGAUACAGAUGAAGAAGGUGAUGAUGGCCAACCAAGGAAACCUCACUUCGACUCUCGCAGCCGAAUAUUUGAACUAGAUCCCUGCAAUGGAAAUGGAAAAGUCUGUCUUGUUUAUAGAAAUGUCAAACCAGAUUCUGCUGCCCAACAGGCUGAAAUCUGGUUUGUAGACAGAGCUUUGUACUGGUACUAUCUUACUGAUACUUUCACAGCUUAUUAUAGACUUAUGAUCGUUCACCUGGGGCUCCCGCAGUGGCAAUACAUCUUUACAAAAUGUGGUCUCAGUCCUCAAGCAAAGCAAUGGUUUAAUAUGUACAGACCCAUCACUUUCAACAUGAAUUCUUCACACGAAGAAGCAUGCAACUUUAUGAACAAAUUGGACAUCAAUAAGGCAUUUAAGACCAAAGCUAAGACUCCAGUUAUCAAGAAAAAAAUACCCACUCACCCUCCUGCUUCCCAAAAAGGGAGUGUUAGCAGUACCUCUGUUAGAAGCUCAUCUCAAGGAAACUCAGCAAGAAAAUAGAUGGAAUGUUCAUUUAUGAUGCAAGCAUGACCUUAUCUCAGAAGAUUGCUGGUCCAUCCUGUAUGUGCCUGUCACUAAUGCAGUUUCAGCUAACCAUAUACUGAAGCUGGUUAUGUUUCCAAGGAGCAGAGUUUUUAGUUUUGUGUUAGGAAGGUAACAUUGUAAUGCCAAAGACUGGACACAUUUGCUUCCUUUCAUUUUUUUUCUUUUCUUUGGAUUAAUAAGUUCAAACAAGUAAUAAAGAAAAUCAAAUGGAUUCCAUAUUGCAUGCUUCCUAUAGCCAUGAACUGCAUCAGAUCAGUUAGUUACUACAGCAGUCCUAGAAAAUGUUUUUUUUUUAUUCAUUUUAAUUUAAUAAAUGGUAAUCCCAUUGUGGCAAUAAUGUAUUCUUUUCAGGGAAUACUGGAUUUAAAAAUCCAUAAAAGGUAUAGAACAACAGUUGCCAACAAAAUUUUGUGAAGAAAUUUAUUCGGAUGAGAGGUAACCAUGAUUGUGACUGAAGUAAUGUUAUAGGCAGAUGGUCUGUUGGUGAUUAAAGUUCAAGUAUCAUAAAAUGCA